UCGAGGAUAAUUCAUAAAAACCGACUUGAUUUGAGUAAACAAAUCUAUACAGAGGAUUUCGAUGAAGAAACUUCAAUUUUUAGAAAAUUGUGUUUAGUGCCCUUUGAGCCUAUCUGGUAUUACUUUGUGAUUAUCCUUGGGCUAAUCAAUAGUCUUGUCGCGAUGCUAAACUGCAUGAAUGUGGUUUCCGGAGAGCCUGAUCAAAGAAUUUCAAAAAUUUUUUACUUUUGUGACAUUGUAUGGUGCCUCAACACAUCCCUGUUAAUCUGUGUAAUGUUUGUGCGUAAUUUAAAAACCGCGCAGAUAAAAUUACCAACGCGAAGAAUGUGGUGGUUGUUUCUGGACUACGUCAGUAUAAUCCCUGUGGAACUCUUUGUCCCAACCGGAAUGCAAGCCUACGUCGCGCUGAACAAAACACUCAAAAUUGUCUACAUCAUGUACGUGUUUCGCUUUGUCAACUCGAUGCUCGAGUCGAAGAUAGUCAUCCGCGUCUUUCAGCUGAUAUGCCAACUCUUGUACUUCAUCACGCUCGUGUCGCUGAUCUUCACCGUGAUAUUAUACAAGUACGACACGAAUCCGCAACGACAUCGCAUCAAUGAAAUCUUUUACAUUGUCUCGGAUCACAUGACUGGCAAGGGUUUUGGUCAGAUGGCAAUGGAACAUUAUUACAACAAAUCCCUAUUGAUUUUAAGCACACUAGCGUUAUUCGUUGGUGUGUUAUUGAUCGCCACAGCAAACGUGACGUUUUUAUUCUUUAUGGCGUCAUCGGAAAAGACACAAUUUCGUUAUAGAUUCAAUUGUUUAAUAGACCACAUUAAACGCAGGAAAUUCCAACCGAAUUUUAUAAAUUGUUUCGAGAUAUUGUUUGAUACUUUAUGGACUAAUGCAAGGGGAAUAGAAAAAUCAAUCGGUGGACGUAGAAAGAAAAAAGUUGAAGAAAAAUUUGGAAAAUCAAAGAUUUUAUCUCGGACCUUUUUCGCUGAGAUUACCAUUGAUAUGUGUACGGGGAUAUUUAAGCAUUCCAUACUCUUGAGUCAAUUACCAGUGGCGUUCCUGCGCGACCUUUCCGCGUACGUCGUUUACGAAGUGUACGUGCAGCAUCAGCUCAUUUGCAAAUUGGACGAAUUGAAGGAUAAGAUGAUUUACAUUCACAAGGGUGUCGUCGAGAUCAUUUCGGACGAGGACGGCGAAACGCCAGUGAUGAAAUUAACAGCGGGCACAUGCUUCUCGGAGGUUUGCCUCUUUGUCCCCUACAGGAGUAAUUGCCUUGUGCGCUGUGCUUCCACCUGCAUCUUUCACAUCCUCCACAGGAACGAUUUUAUUCGCAUGGUAUGCAAAUAUCCACAGAUCCAUCGUACUCUACGCUAUGACAUCGAGGAGCGUUUGAAUGAAGGGCGUACAUUGAAGAAAAUACAGGAUAUUUACAAUAAACGCGCGGAUCAGAUACAGAAAUGUCCGAAUUUGUGUUGGCUGGUAUAUGUGUUGCAUAAGAUGAUCGCCAUUGAGCAUACGCAUGUUGCCGCACAGCAUAGUCUUGGUAAUAUGUUACUGGAAAGGUUUAUUAAUGAAGAAAGGUUUAAAAAUCAUAUUUUUUCACCGGUUUAUUUAACGUUAUAUGCCGUACCAGAAGAACACCAGGAUUAUAAUGAUACUUUGUUUGCAAAAUCAACGUUUCCGUAUGUUUUGAAACCGGACACAGGUCUAACCUUAUUCUGGGAGAUACUCAUUGCUACGUUGGCGCUGGCAGCGGGAUUAUUAAUACCUUAUUAUGCUUUUACUCAUCAAAGUUACAACUUGAAGAAUGUGGAUAAUGUGGUUUACUUUUUUACAACCGUCUGGUUUGUGGACCUUAUAAUUCAACUCAGGAUAUCAAUAGUUUAUGAAAGAAAGUUUGUUUCUGGGUUUUUGGAUAUCCUCAUUAUGAAACUAACAAGUAUUGUCUUCCUAUUGGAUAUCGCAUCGCUUAUUCCAGUGGAGAUGUUCAGCGGUGUUUUUGUGACUGAAAGUAAUCGAAAUUACGUCUAUAUGAAUCGUAUUCUGAAGUUGGCACGUGUAAUACGUUUACUGCUGCGCUGGGAAGGACGUUACAAUAGCAACCCGUUGAUUGUGCGCUUUGUAUGCGCCAUCUUGUUUAUCAUCUACAGCGUCUUCAUAUUCUCCUGUGUGUAUUACUACAUUGGAUAUCGCGAGGAUGGCGGUGCGAAACAAUUUGAGAUUUUGCUCUUCUACACGUCACAAAUGCUUACUGGUGUCUCUGUUUGGGUGGAGGGUUAUUCUGGUUAUCGCAAAUAUCAUCUGGUUAACAUUGGUAUGUAUUUGAUCAUCUGUACGGUUUACUCCGUGUUGUACGGCAUGAUAUUCUCAGCGCGCGCUUCGGUGCAGUUGAAUGUGUUGCGCAUUAAACACAAUACGAAAGCUCUUAUUCAAGCUGCGGUUAGUAUGGAUCCACGUUAUGAAUCUUAUAUCCAUGAUACCAUGCACGACAUGAUCACAAUCGAUAAUGGGUUUACAUUAUUGGCGCCUUGGUAUUUGUACGACUUGAUGCCGAUGGAGUUUUUAGGUUAUCUCUAUGAGACUACUUAUAGGAAGUCGAUUGAAGAGUUGCCUAUAUUUGCGGGUAUACCACCAAUUAUACUGAAGAAAAUAUUUGAGGAAGCAGCGUAUAUUCGUGAGUACAUGGCGCAUGAAGUGAUUUUUCAUGUUGGGGAUAUCCUGGGGGAUUUGAUGAUAUUGGUUAAUGGAUGUUGUGAGGUUAUAUCCGGUGUUAGUCUGAACUCCAGAAUGGAGCAAGCUGUUUAUGAGUUAAACAGUGUGGAAAUAGCUCUUAUACUUCCAAUGAGAACCACUGUUUGCACUUUAACACAUUGCCGUACCUUGUGUAUUAGGUACCAGGUUAUGAGAAGAGUGUUGUAUACGCAUGCGUCACCUAAGUCCACUGUACGUGGGCAAUUAUCAGGUAUGCGUGAUUUACGUGCUAAGAUACAACACGCGCAGGUUCAAUAUUUCAACCAGGAUCUUUUGGAUAAACGUAGAAUGGAGACAUCUAUGCAACCCCAUGUAUUUUUUGGUCGUACCAAUCCAGCAUACAUAGCAGCAUAUAAAAAAUCUGGUAUGUCUAAAAUGCGAUGGAUGUUCAUGAACAUGUCAUUUUGCCCAAAUGGUGAAUUUUUGGAAAUGUGGGAGAUAGCCAGAUGUGUCUGUGCUGUCCUAUCAGCAUUAUUCUUUACAACCAUCACAUUUUGUUUCUACAAGGUACCACACCCAGUUGGGAUCAUAAAAUGGACUCUGGAGGUUAUGGCAGCCAUUGAUAUCUACAUCAGGUUACAUGUGGCUUAUUACAAUGAAGAAGGUGCCCUGGUGACACACCCUAGCAAGACCAUCAUAUACUAUGUAAAACAUGGUCUUUUGGUUGAUAUCAUAGGGGCCUUACCAUUACACAUAGCUAUCAUAAAAACAGAGUACGCCAUUUUGAAUGUCAACAAGAUAUUACAACUCCAUAGAUAUUUCGCAUUCCUAAGGUAUAAAAAGCAGAAUAGUGUGGUACCCCGUCACAAGUUGUAUAUAUUUGCUGAGUUACCAGCUCUGUUGGUGUGGAUCAAUAUUAUAGCAAGUCUCUUACUCCUGUUGAAUUGUAAGAUUGAUAUGAGUGACCCUUAUUCACCUACAGUUGAAUGUGAACAAGGAGGUAUCUUUGGGUUCAAUAGUGAUUCCAAUGUUCGAGAUCCCAAUAUAGCCCAUGUUCAUGCUAUCUAUAUAGUCCUAAGCAUCAUAUCAAAGAUAGCAGUUCAAGGGUUUAAGGUGACAGGUCGUAGGAAUAUGGUGUUUGUAUCUAUGAUGGCUUUCUUUGGUUUUUGUUUUGAUGUCAUCAACGCAGCAAGGGUUUUCGGAUACUUUAUCCAUGAAUACGUGGAAACCAUGCAUAAUGAUCUCCGGUUACGUUUGUUGAAGAGUUUUGUGAUGAAUAAAGAACGUGAUUCUUCCACAACAAGUAUAGAUCUCUAUCACAGGGCAGAAACACAUAUAAAACGUAUCUGGAGCAUGGAUAGGAAUAAUGUCCAUAAACAUUGUGAGGGUAUACCAGAAAAUUUACGCAGGGAUAUUUUGUAUGUGAAAUUUGCACACGUGUUAAACGUAUCUUGUUUGAAUGCAGUACAUGGAAUAAAACCUUUUGUGAGGAAUUUAUUAACCAAGUCGGAGUAUAGAAUAUUCGAAGCUGAUGAUAUAGUCCAGAUGGAGAAUGAUAUCUGUAAAUAUACUAUUAUCAUCUAUAGUGGUCUGGUUUGUAUUGAUCCAAGUUUCGAGGAAGAUAAUCAAUGUAUAAAGAAGACCUGCAUCUCCUUGGGACCUGGGUCUAUUAUUGGAAACCUAUGUCCUUUGCAAUACAACAGAUUGAAGGUUAAUAUGGUAGCCCUUGGGGUUCUGGAGUUGUUGUAUAUAAAACCAACACUUUCUUUGAAAUUCUCCAACAUUUUCCACAAUGUCAAGAGACUUUCAGUGACCUACGAAGGGUACACCUUACACAUGUCCCGGGUACCUCCAAUUUUACAUACCCUAAACUAGCUAAACGUAAAGGUGGGAAGGAUCAAUGGAAAAUAUCAAACUACGUAGGUUUUGCUUUCUUUACUUUGAAUGUCCUGAACUUCAUGGGAGCAUACCUACCACAAAUCGUAUACUUCCAUGAUAUCAUCACUGUUAGAAUACAAGAUAACCUGUAUCAUAUCACAAUGGAUGUAUGUUAUAUAGUUGCAAUUAUCAUGGUGUUCUUUCUUCCAAUUACUAAUGAAAAAGGAGAUAUGAUGUCCCGGAAAGUUAUCCUGAGGAAAUUCUUUAAACCAUGGUUGUUUUAUGUAUCUCUCCUGGGAGCUGUACCAUUUUACGUUUUCAUCAUACAAUUUGAUUCUAUGAUCUCAUUCUACAGUAUCGCUGCAUCUAGAGCCAAUGUUCUCCUACGGAUCUUUUUCUGUUUUAAAAUCAUCAACACCUCGUUAAACAGGGUACCCUUAUGGAUGUUCACAUUUAAAUACAUAAUAAACCUGAUGAUUAUCAUACUAUCAAUUGGAGGUACCACAGCCCUGCUAAUAUUCAUCUCAGAAGUAAGCAAAGAAAACAUGAGACCCAAAAUUGAAUUGAAAGCUCUUCUAGACGCACCAUCAAAUACAAAGUAUGAACACAUGGUGACCUACCUCUACAUUGUCAGCAAUAUGUUUACACACACUUCCCAAGCUUUCUACCACCCAGUUGGUCUUAUCUACAUUGUAGUGUUUAUAAUCAUGAUGUCCAUGGUCAUGGUAUACAACACUGUCAUAUACUCAACAGUGGUAUCAAUGGUCCAAGCCCUUCAACAACUCAAGUUGGAUUACCUCACUGAGAAGAAACAAAUCGAAGCUUUCAUGAAACGCAGUGACACUUCGUCAAUCCUCUAUGACCGUUUGAAUUUCUACUGUAAAAUGACCUGGGAUAAACGCAAAGGAUUCAAAAUCCCACAAUUAUUCCUUGACCUCCCUGCAUAUCUCCGAGAACCAAUGUCAAGGGAUUUAUUCGGAAGGAUUUUAGACAAUCAUGAGUUUUUUGAACAGAUACACUACGACCUCAAGAGACAGAUCUAUACAAAAUUAAAGUUGGAAUACUACUAUCAUGGUGAUUUUAUUAUCUACGAUGGGACCAUUGAUGAUACAAUGUACUUUGUCCACAAGGGUAUUGUUGUAUCCUUGGUGGAUGGAAGCAGUGAAGUGCAGCAUACAUUUGUCGCCGGCGACUCGUUUGCACUGAUGCAAGGCAUCACCGAGAAUCUUCCGCACGAUUUAUCUUAUCGGGUUGUCUGUGAUAGCGUCAUCUUGUCGCUGGCGAAACAAGACUGGGAGUACAUGCUGCAUUUUUUCCCGGCGAGUAAGAAGAUUAUUUCGUUGGUGGCGAAAUCUAUAUUCAUGCGACCAUCGGAGUGAUUCAAGGUUUUAAUCCGGAAUGGGUUCAUUACAUUAAAUCCAGCGAUGAAUAAUGUAUUAGGAAUAAUUGAUUAUGUGCCAAUCAAAUUGUUUUCAUGGGAUUCCACGCAUGAGGAGCGGAUUUAUAUUUAUUAUCUUGCGUGGGUAGACAAUAGAGGGUUGAAUAAUAAUGUUUUCGAAAAUAAACACAAUAACAGAGUUA